GUCUAAAUAAUGCGAAUAUCAGACAGCCUCAAAGUAAUUUUCAGAAACAGUUGUUCUUAGUUUUGAGAGUUAUCAGAGGUAGGCAAUGGUGACACCAGUCCCGUCUAAUAUAUCUUUUCCUACUGAGGAGCAGAACAUUCUAGAAUUCUGGGACUCAAUCAAUGCUUUCAAAACGAGUUUGGCUUUGAACAAGGGGAAGCCGGCGUACACGUUCUAUGAUGGACCUCCCUUUGCGACUGGGAUGCCCCAUUACGGACAUAUCUUAGCUGGAACUAUCAAAGAUACGGUCACCAGAUUUGCACACAUGUCAGGUCACAACGUAGUUCGAAGAUUCGGUUGGGACUGUCACGGUUUACCAGUUGAGUACGAAAUCGACAAGCAGCACAACAUCACAGGUCCAGAAGAUGUUGAGAAGAUGGGGAUCGCCAAGUACAACGAACUCUGUCGUGGGAUCGUGAUGCGCUACUCAAGUGAGUGGGAGCGAGUGGUGAAGCGAGUCGGCAGAUGGAUAGACUUUGAACACGACUACAAAACAAUGUACCCUUGGUUCAUGGAGUCGGUAUGGUGGGUGUUCAGCGAGCUGUUCAAAAAGGGAUUCGUAUAUCGAGGGUUCAAGGUAAUGCCCUACUCAACAGCCUGUAACACCCCAUUGUCCAACUUUGAAGCGAAUUUGAACUACAAAGAUGUAAAUGAUCCGGCGGUGAUAGUAAGUUUUCCUCUCGCGGAUGAACCAGAUGUUUCUUUCUUAGCCUGGACAACAACACCCUGGACUUUGCCUAGCAACCUGGCGCUUUGUGUCAACCCAAAGCAGACGUACGUCAAGGUCAAGGAGCUGAGUAGCGGAAAAUUCUACAUCAUGAUGAAAAACUGUCUAAAAGCGCUUUUCAAGACGGAAGAUCUAUAUCAAAUUUUGGAAGAAAUAGUGGGAAAGAAACUAGAGGGUACAAAAUAUGUUCCUCUAUUUGACUAUUUCAAAUCUUUUGAAGCAAGUGGCGCUUUUAAAGUUGUCGUCGACGAUUAUGUCUCGGAUGAAGCAGGCGUGGGAAUCGUUCAUCAAGCUCCCUAUUUUGGAGAGGACGAUUACCGCAUCUGUUUGAGCUACGGAAUCAUAAAGAAGGGUGAAGACGCAGUCUGUCCUGUUGAUGCUUCGGGUAAAUUCUCCUCAGUAGUGACUCAUUUUGCGGGUCAGUAUGUGAAAGACGCAGAUUCAAACAUCUGCAAGCAUUUGAAGUCUGUCGGAAGACUCGUGCAUCAGUCGCAGAUUAGUCACAGCUACCCGUUUUGUUGGAGGUCUAAUACACCUCUUUUGUAUCGUGCUAUUCCCUGUUGGUUCAUCAAGGUGGAACAAAUAGUCGACCAGCUCCUGAAGUCGAAUGAACAAACGUACUGGGUUCCGGACCAGGUCAAAGAAGGUAGAUUUGCGAACUGGGUCUCAAAUGCCAGAGAUUGGGCUAUUUCAAGGAAUCGAUACUGGGGAAACCCCAUGCCUAUUUGGACAAACAGUGACUUCUCCGAAGUUAGAUGUAUAUCGUCAAUCGCAGAACUAGAAGAACUCUCAGGGCAGAAAGUUACGGAUAUUCAUCGAGAGUCCAUUGAUCAUAUUGAGAUCCCAUCUUCUAAGCCGAACGGAGAACCUCUGAAGAGAAUAAGCGAAGUGUUUGACUGCUGGUUUGAAAGUGGGAGCAUGCCUUACGCACAACAACAUUAUCCGUUUGAGCACAAAAAGGAUUUCGAGGAGAAUUUCCCGGCUGAUUUUAUCGCUGAAGGCCUUGAUCAAACCAGAGGCUGGUUUUAUACACUGCUGAUUGUAUCGACGGCAUUGUUCAACAAGCCUCCAUUUAAAAAUUUGAUUUGCAACGGUUUGAUUCUGGCUGAGAAUGGCGAGAAAAUGUCGAAAAGCAAGAAGAACUACCCGGAUCCAGAGAUCAUUGUGAAUAACUACGGCGCUGACGCGCUUAGACUGUACCUGAUAAACUCUCCGGUCGUGAGAGCGGAAGAGCUCAAGUUCCGCGAGGAUGGCGUGAAAUCAGUGCUGAAAGAAGUGUUCAUUCCGUGGUUCAACGCGUACCGAUUCUUGGUGCAAAAUGUUGAAAAUCUAAAAUGCGAACAUGGGAUUGAGUUUACUUUCAACGAAACCUCUCUGGACAAUGUGACUAAUUAUAUGGACAAAUGGAUUCUUAGUUCGACACAGUCGCUUAUUGAAUUUGUAAAUGACGAAAUGCAAGCGUACAGAUUGUACACGGUCGUGCCAAAAUUGGUGAAGUUCAUCGACACUUUGACAAAUUGGUACGUGCGAAUGAACCGAAGACGCAUCAGAGGUCAAGAUGGUCUGGAUGAAUGUAUGUCUUCGUUGACUACUCUGUUCUCAACUCUAUUCGACAUGGUUCGUUUCAUGGCGCCAUUUAUACCAUUCUUGACAGAAUACAUGUACCAAAAUUUGAAGAAUCUUCUGGAAGAUUCAGCGAAGCUCGGCCCCGAUCUGAGAUCGGUACACUUCUUAAGCAUGCCUAAGCCCUCGAAUGCCUUGAUAAAUGUGGCGAUUGAAAAGGCGGUGUCCAGAAUGCAGACUGUCGUUGAAAUGGGAAGGCUAGUAAGAGAUAGAAAAACACUACCAAUAAAGUACCCUUUGUCCGAAGUAAUAGUUAUCCACAGUGACUCUGAGUGUCUGAAAGAUGUGGAAAGUCUGUCGAAGUAUAUAAAAGAAGAACUUAAUGUGAAGAGUCUGGAAACGUCAUCAGAUAAGCACAAGUACAAAAUAUCGUACAAAGCGUUGCCGAAUUUGAAACUCCUGGGAACCAAGUUGAAGAAAGAUAUGAAAAAUGUUACAGAUGAAAUUAAGAAAUUGUCUGACUCUCAGUUGAUGAACCUGAAAGAAAGUGGCAAAAUUGAAGUGUGUGGUUACGAGCUGACAGAAGAAGAGCUGCUGGUGAAACUUCAGUUUGACGAGAGUGUGAAAGAGGAGUUUGCGAGGUACGAGGCACUUUCAAGUGACGAUUUCCUGAUCCUUCUUGAUAUCACGCCCAGUGAAGAAAUGAAAGAGGAGGGAAUUGCGCGAGAAAUGGUGAAUAGAAUUCAGAAGUUGAGGAAGGCAGGGAAACUUAACCCUUAUGACGAAAUAUCGGUUCAUAUCGAGGUUGACCCUGGUUCGAAGUUGGCUAAAAUUGUAGAGAAUAACUUCGAACUUAUAGUAUCUUCAGUGAAACAGCCGACGUUCUUGAGCCCUCCUUCUGGCGGUUCCAACAUAAUUUGUUCGGAAAGUUUCGAUUUGCAUGACUCCAAAUUUAUCGCUACCAUCUGUCGACCUAACGAGUCGUCACAAGAAUCAUCAACAGGUGCUAAAUUGAUGUACCCUUCAUCAAAGCCAAAUGGAGUUGGAUUCGUGAAUGUCAAGGUCGCUUCUCUGAAGUUCCUCGAGGGAAAAGAAUGCACUCUGCUCAUGGAAAAUCCGAUCGGCACCAAACACUCGACUGAUGUUGUUUUGAAACAAAUCGAAACCGUACUGAAUCUUCGAGGUAUGAAUUAUUGCGUGUACACAGAUGCUGAGCUGACGAAAGAACUGAAAUCUGGCAAUAUCUCGAAUGGACAAAUGUUGUUCGUGAAAAUUGAAGGCUCAUCUUUGGGGUCCGAAUCAGAGCUUUCUGUCGAUAAUUCUGGGAAUCCGCUUUGCAACUUCGUUAACGUUGUAAAUGGAAGUCAACGUGGGGCUAUACUGCUCGAGAACCCCAAAGGUCGAUGGUUGAAAAAGACAUCGUUGCCAAAGUUUGCCCAGUGUUUGUUCAAGCUACCUAAGGAGCCUAUUGUGUUUUUGGACGACAAGAAGGCGAGGUCUCUGGACUCGAUGUCAUUGAAUGAUCUUUGCGGAGAAACGCUGUAUGUUUGAUUUUGACUGAAAAUGUAAUAUAUAAUUAACUGGUCUUCUGAUGUAAAAAACAUGCUUGGGUAAAUCCCGCCUUAAAUUAAAAUUCAAAUUUUAAAACUAUUGUUUUUUCCAGUCUUCCUUUUAUCUCUUUGCUUAAUUUUUCUGAUCUUGAAACUUACCAAGGAUUCCCGCAUGUUGCAUGUAGUUGGAAGACCAUUUCCAGAUGUUUUCUUCUGAUUCUAUUUUUCGUUCCUCUUAAUCAGUAAUAUCCACAUUUAACAAGAAUAGUCGGUUCAUAUGCGUGUUUAAACUCAAAGUUUCCUCUAUUCUUAAUAAGAGUGAAAUUGAAUACACUUAAUUUUGCAUACUUAAUAACAAAAAUGUAACUCAA